CAUGCAUAUUUUCCAUUUUAGUAAGUCCGAUUGAACCUUUAGAGUUGCACAGAAUGGAAUCACGAAUGGGGUGGUUGUUUCUUCUGUGUUGGCAUUGCUUUAUCUCUCAUUUUUCAUUCUCUCAUUCCUUGUGCCAUCCACAAGACAGCUUAGCCUUGCUUCAGUUCAAAACCUCCUUCACUGUUCAUACUACCUACUGUAAUGAUUGUUUCGAACCCAUCACAACAUGGGAAAAUGGAACAGAUUGUUGCUCUUGGUCUGGAAUAACCUGCCACCCAAUCUCUGGUCACGUGAUUGGCCUUGACCUUUCCUUCAGUAGGGUCAACACUGAAAUCCAUCCAAACAAUACUCUUUUCCAUCUUACUCAUCUCACACACCUCAGCCUGCCUGGUUAUUCCAUUCAAGGUGAAAUUCCUCCCCAAAUCUCACUUCUUUCCAAAUUAGAAUCACUUGACCUCUCUUUUAAUGAUCAGUUAAAGUGGAAAGAAAGCACUUGGAAGAAGCUACUAAAAAAUGCAACCGUUUUAAGGGAGCUUCUUUUGGAUGAAACAGAUAUGUAUUCAACUUCAAUGAUGCCACUAAAUUUGUCUUCCUCUUUGGUUACUCUUGGUCUUGCAGAAACAGGAGUAAAGGGAAACUUGGCAGAUAACAUUCUCUGUUUACCAAAUCUUAAACACCUAUACCUGUCGUUAAAUUACAACCUUCAAGGCCAGCUUCCAAAAGUGAGUUGCAGCACUUACACUCUUAGUGUGUUGGAUCUUUCAAACUGUCAAUUCCAAGGGUCCAUCCCACCCUCUUUCUUUAACCUCACACAUCUUACUUCUCUACGUCUCUCAUGGAACAACCUCAAUGGUUCAAUCCCCUCCUCACUUUCAAAUCUUCAACAUCUUAUUCUCUUGGAUCUUUCAUGGAAUCAAUUUAGUGGUGCAAUCCCAAAUGUGUUUGCUAGCAUAACCAAAUUGAAUACUCCCAAUCUUACUUCCCUGGAUCUCUCACAGAACAAUCUCAAGGGUUCAAUCCCAUCCUCACUCUUAAGCCUUCCACGUCUAACUUUUCUAAAUCUCCAAGCUAAUCUUCUCAGUCAUCAAAUCCCAAAUGUCUUUCAGCAGUCUAACAAAUUUGAAGUGUUGGAUUUGAGUAUUAACAAUAUAGGAGGUGAGCUCCCAUCAACACUUUCAAAUUUACAAUGUCUCAUUCACUUGGAUAUUUCAGAGAAUAAACUUAGUGGUCAAAUCCCAGAUGUGUUUGCUGGCCUCACCAAAUUGAAUACUCUCAAUCUUAUGGAUAACAAUUUAAUAGGAAAAAUCCCGUCUUCUUUGUUUGACUUAACUCAACUUUCUCUCGUAGAUUUUUCUUAUAAUAGAUUGGAGGGUCCUCUGCCCAACAAAAUAACUGGGUUUUUAAACGUAACCACAUUAAGAUUUGAAAACAACUUACUGAAUGGGACAAUUCCUUCUUGGUGUCUAUCUUUACCAUCUGUGGUGCAUUUAGAUCUAUCAAAUAAUCAAUUCACAGGUCAUAUAAGUGCAAUCUCAUCAUAUUCCUUGCAGUCUCUAUUUUUGUGCAAUAACAACCUACAGGGCAAUAUUCCAGAAUCAAUUUUCAGUCUUGAAAACCUCACUGACUUGUGUCUAUCAUCAAACAACUUAAGUGGUUCUGUCCACUUUCCACUCUUCUCCAAGCUUCAAAAUUUGCAAAAUCUCUCUCUUUCGCACAAUAAUCAAUUAUCACUAAAUUUCAAAUCCAAUGUCAAUUACAGUUUCCCGUUCUUAAGGUCUUUGUCUUUAUCUUCUAUGGGUUUGACUGAAUUUCCGAAAUUAUCAGUAGAAGUUCCAACUUUGGGAUUCCUCGAUCUGUCUAAUAACAAACUUAGUGGAAGAGUGCCCAAUUGGUUACAUGAAAUGAGUUCAUUGUAUCAGUUGGACCUCUCUCGAAACCUAUUGACAGCAGCAUUGAACCAAUUUUCAAGGAACUAUAUGCUCUUUCAUCUUGAUCUUAGUUUUAACUUACUAACUGGUGGCAUCUCUUCAUCAAUUUGCAAUGCAAGUAUGAUGAUGAUUCUCAACUUGUCUCACAACAAAUUGAUAGGCAUCUUACCCCAAUGCUUUUCCAACUUAUCAAACCUUGAAAUUUUAGAUUUACAGAAGAACAAACUUCAUGGCACUUUGCAGAGUACCUUUUCAAAGAACAAGUGGCUGAGUAGUUUGAAUCUCAAUAGCAACCAAUUUGAAGGUAUUUUGCCAAAAUCUUUGACCAAUUGCUCAAAUUUGGAAUUUUUAAAUCUUGGCAACAAUCAAUUUGAGGAUACAUUUCCCCAUUGGCUUCGGACUCUACCACAUUUGAAAGUUUUGGUUUUGAAAGCCAAUAAGUUGCACGGUCCCAUUGUCAGUUUAAAGACAAAGCAUCCGUUUCGCAGUUUAGUUAUUUUUGAUAUCUCAUCCAACAAUUUUAGUGGCCCAAUACCUAAAGCCUACAUAAAAAGUUUUGAAGCCAUGACGAAUGUUGCUCAAGAUAAGGUGGUUAACAACUCGCAGGAAUACUUGGGAACGGAUAUAGGAAAUGCAACAUACAGUGAUUCUGUGACUGUAACAAUGAAAGCCAUCAGUUUGACACUCAACAAAAUUCCAAUAAACUUUGUAAACAUAGAUUUAUCAGGCAACAAAUUUGAAGAAGAGAUUCCAAAUGUUAUUGGAGAAUUGCAUGCACUCCGAGGGCUCAACCUUUCCCAUAACAGAUUAAGUGGUCCUAUUCCCCAAUCAAUGGGAAAUUUGACAAACUUGGAAUCAUUGGAUUUAUCUUCAAAUAUGCUCAUCGGUGGGAUUCCUUCUGAAUUAACCAAUUUGAACUUUCUUGAAGUCCUGAAUCUUUCCCAUAACCAUCUUGUGGGAGAAAUACCUCAAGGAAAACAGUUCAAUACUUUUUCGAAUGAUUCCUACGAAGAAAAUUUUGGGUUAUGCGGAGUCCCAUUGUCAAUGACAUGCAUCAAGGACCCUGAACAACAUUCUUCACCUUCACAGACCUUCUGGAGAGAAAAGAGUUUUGGAUUUGGAUGGAAACCAGUGGCUAUAGGAUAUGGAUGUGGAAUGAUAUUUGGAGUGGGCAUUGGAUACUGUGUAUUAUUAACAGGAAAGCCUCGGUGGCUAGUGAAAAUUGUAGCAAAAUGAAUUUGUGGAUGUUUGGUAUGACUGUAGAAUGUCUUGUCUUGUAGCACACUUUCCUGUUCAAUUACCACUUUGGCUUCUUGGAAAACAAAACUAAGGGCAAGAACCUUAUCUCACUGCAUUUUAAGGGAGAUCUGAUACAAAGUUUUGUAAUAUACAGUUAUAUUUUUCGUCUGGUACAAUUUGUUAGUCUUGACCUUUCAAUCUUGUUUUAUUUAAUCCAUAUAAUUGUUGGCGUUGGUUACAUACUACUAUCCGUUGUUAUA